AUGGACAUCACAUCAUGGAACGCAGACGAACUCCGUACAAGCUUCUGUCUUGCCAUGUCCAACAUGUAUAGGAAGGAAGUCCCUCUGUACGGCGACCUACUUCGCAUCGUGCAAGAGGUAGACGCAUCUGUAUCGAAUAGAAAUGGACAAAGCCCGGACGACCUACCCCCUAGAUACCAUCUCGAACGCCACGGUGCGAUACGCCUUGGCUCCGACCAUGAGCUGCGUGUUAUCCGGAGGCUGUUUUCCAUACUCGGUAUGCGCCCUGUUGGGUACUACGACUUGCGCAUUGUCAACUUCCCACUCCAUGCCACGGCGUUUCGGCCGACCGCUGCCGAGUCACUGGACAAGAACCCGUUCCGUGUGUUCGUCUCUGUAUUGCGGAAAGACUUGGUUUCCCCGCGGCUCCGGGGCAUUGUCGAAGAUGCUCUUUGUAAAAGAGAGCUGUUCACGCCGCGACUCCUGGAGCUUUUGGAUCGGGCUGAGGACGGAGAGAUUAUGACAUCUCAGGAUGGCAAAGAAUUAAUCACCGAGAGCCUCAAGAUAUUCAGGUGGCACUCGGAGUCCGUAGUCCACAUUGAAGACUACCUCCAUCUCAAAAAGGAGCACAUGAUGAUAGCCGACAUUGUAUGUUUUCCAAGCGCGCACAUCAACCACCUGACGCCCCGGACCCUCGACAUUGACCUCGUCCAAAGCGAGAUGGUCAAGCAAGGGCUGCCGGCCAAGGAGAGGAUCGAGGGUCCGCCUAGCCGCCAGUGCCCUAUCCUACUCCGGCAGACUAGCUUCAAGGCCCUGGAGGAGCAGGUCAACUUUCAUGGCGGAGUUGCGGGGACCCAUACGGCUCGGUUCGGCGAGGUAGAGCAGCGAGGCGCAGCAGUGACGGCAAAGGGCCGCGCUCUGUACGAUGCGUGCUUGCACUCGGCGUUGGCCGAUACGUCGCGUGACCCGGACGAUGCGCUCAAGGUGGCAUUUUCAAAGUACCCGGACACAUGGCCGGAGCUCCACGACCUUGGGCUCGUAUAUUACCGGUACUCAGCCACGGAACUUGGCUUGAAGUCGGCAAGGCCCAACGGAAGGACCGGACGACCUAAGAAGACAUUGAAAGAUCUAUUGAGGGAAGAAUUGGUGAAGUACGAACCGAUCACGUACGAGGAUUUCUUGCCCUUAUCCGCAGCAGGUAUUUUCAAAUCGAAUCUGGGGGAUGGCAAUGUCCAGGCGGUUAAUGAGGAGGAUGUUGGGGGGCUUGGUCAACUUGAGGAAGGACUGGGGUGCAAAGUGGCGGAUCACUACGAGCUGUACGAUGCGCUUCAGAAAGAAAGCAUCCAGAACUGUGAGAGGGAUCUGAAUGUAGAAAUCGUCAUAGGCUGGUAG